AUGCGGGUGCUGAGUGGGCUGCUCUUGCUGACUCUGUGCCUGGCCCACGGGGAGGCCUUUGUGUUCUCCUCGAGGGAGAAAGCCAAGGAGCCGCUGGAGAAGGUGCCCUGCGGGGCGCACUCCCGCGUCAGGCCCAACCUGCCGGCGCAUGCACAGGGCUGGCUGGCCAGCAAAUGGCUCGGGCUGCUCUUCAUCAUCACGCUGUACGUGGUCCUCAAGUUCCGGCUCCACAGCGCCAAGGCCAAGGCCAAGCAGGAGCAGAGCCCCACCGCCCUCCGGAUCGCUCCGUCACGCUCUCCAAUUAGGAAGAACCAGCAUGACUGCCCGGGCAAGGACUACACGUUCCUGACCCUGACCCACCUGGAGAAGGACCUGGUGCAGUUCCUGUCCAAAGUGCGGGAGCUCAAGGCAGCCGUGAUCACUGGCAGUAACCUCCGGCUGUUCAGCUCGGACUUCCCUGCGGACUCGCAGAGCUGUGUUACGAUAUAUGAAGUGUGGGGGUCGACUGCUGAGUGAAGGGGUGGGUGUCGGCGUGGGAGAGAGGCUGGGCGCUGGCAGGCAGCACCCAGACGAAUAAAGCUAUUCUGAAGGACGAGUCCAGCACCAGGUCUCUCCCUGCCCCUGCACAGCAGAGGGAUGAGCCAAGCCCGAGGCACGGCGCAGGCACCCGUGGAUCUGUCCCGCCUCACCUGUGUUCAGAGCUGAGGGGAAAGGGGGCUGAUGGUGGCCAGGGGCAGUGACAGUCCAGACCGUGAUGUGAUGGUGUGGCAGGGCUGUGGAACCUGGAGGAGAGAUGCACGUAAACACUGCUGGUUUCUCCUGUUCAGCAUCUGAUUUGUGCAGCAUAGGGAACAGAUUCCUAGUCGUGACAAAGGACAGCUUUACAAAACAAUGCGCCAGGCGUGGUGGUGCAGGCCUGCAAUCCAGGCACCGGGGAGAGAGGCAGAUCCAGGAGGAGCACUGAGUUCCAGGCCAGCCUGGGCUACAUAGUGGGCUCUGUCUUAAAACUAGCCAGGCAAGAGGGCACAAGCCAUCAUCCCAGCACUCAGGAGGCUGAGGCAGGAGGACUGCUGUGAGUUGGAGGCCAGCCUGGGCUACACAGCAAGCCCCUGUCUCAAUAAAUAAAUGAAAUUUUAAAAAUGAAGAGAUAGGGAAAAGUGUUCUUGCCACCAGAAAAGUGGCUUUAUUUAUCCCAUCCUAUGAAUUCCACUUAAUAACUGUUUCUUUUAGGCAACUGGCUCAUGUCUACAGCUGGACUAAGAAAACAGCCUCGCACUUUGUGUCUAGGGAUUUGGGAUGGAGAUGAGCUAUGCAGGGAUUCCCAGAUUAUUCAGUGAGCUCUCCUGGCUUGUUAGGGCGGCUGCAUAUACUACUAAUGCACUUAGGGGCGUGAAACUGCACCCCGAGUGUCCGCAGGUGUCCGGAGCUCUGCCUGCUGCUUCCCAGCUCAUUCCUGGGGUUCGAGCUAAGGCAAGAUGGAAGCUGCCUGUCUCGUCUCCACACUUUAUGUCUAAGAGAAGGUCUCACUAGGUAGCCCAGGCUGCACUCCAGCUCACAGCAGUCCUCCUGCCUCAGCCUCCCUAAGGCUGGGAUUACAGGUGUGUGCGUCACCCUGCCUGGCUGAAUGGAGAUUUUUUAAAUGGGUACGUGUGUGCCUGUGUGUGUGCACAUGUGUGUACAAAUUUGUGAUCUGAGUACAGGUGCAGUGUCCAGUGUUUUUCCAUUUUACCAGUAGACACUGAGGCCGAUGCUUGGCAAACAUCAGCUCAUGGACAGAAUCCGACCCAUUUGUCCAUAUGGUAUGGCCAGUGAAUUAAUGGUGAUUUUUAAGUGACUGAAAAAAAAUAAAUAAAAGAGGCUUGAAAUUCAAA